AUGGCGCUUGGUGUCGUUCUCGACGGGCAGGGCAAGGCAGAGUUCCUUUUCCCCACGCCUCCAGCAUCAGACGAGGGCGAUGGCUACGGCAAAGGAGCCGGUGAGGCUCGACACGGUGGGAGCGACAGCGACGAUGAUGGCUGCGUGGGCUGUAGGAAGAUAGCCCAGAAUGAGGUUUGGAGGCUCCAACGGCAGGAGAAGAGCAUGGGCGCCAUGAUCUCCGACCCAAAAUCGCAACCACCACCGACGACCGCGCCGAUAACCAAUGGCUUCUCGCUGACCCAUGACGAGUCCGACACCCCCGUGCGCGUCCAGGAGCUCAAGCACGACAGCUCUGUGCUGGCCCUGGCCGUGUCCGACAAGUACAUCUUUGCCGGCACCCACGAUGGCGAGCUGAUCGUCUGGUCGCUCGGCACCUUCGAGCUCGUCAGGAGGAUACAGGCCCACAAGCGCCACAUUCUCUGGCUGUUCCUCUCCGGCUCCUCCUCCUCCACCACCCACUCAGACUCGUCCCAGUCCUCCCCAGACUCGACCUCGACCAACUCGAGGCCCCUCCUGAUAUCAAGUGCCGGCGACGCUCUUGUCUCGGUCUGGUGCCCGGAGACGUUCACACGCCUUUACGAGAUCUACAGCGUCGACCACGUCGGAGACGUCUUCUCCUGCGCAUACUCCAGCCAGCAGGAUACCGUCUACAUCGGUGCCCAGGACCAAUCCAUCCAGUGGGUCAGACUCAACGACCGCGACCGUCGCGUGCCCCACAACAACCCGUCCCAUCCCGACCAGCGCCACCACCCUUUCUUCGAUUCCAAGGCCCCCGGCGGAGCAAGUACGCCCAGGAGGAAGGACAAGCGAGAGGAGCUGAUACCCAAGCCCGAGGCCACCUUGGAGAUAGACCGCGGUUCUGUGGGCAAGUUCGCCCAUUUCGGCUUCGUCUACUGCAUGAUCAUUGCGAAGGGCCCAACCGUCCUUGUCGAUUCAGACGAGGAGGUUCUGAUAAGUGGCGGCGGAGACGGGAGCAUCAAGCUGUGGCAGAUAAAACAGGAUGAGAAAUACGAGGGAUUCGAGGAGUGGGAUGCGUGGGAGAAGCGCGAGAUCAUGUGUCUCCGCGGCGACGAUGACGAUUUCGGCGAGUCUGUCUUCUCCCUGGCCAUCGACGGCUCCUUCUUGUACAGUGGCAAGAAGAAAGGCGUCAUAGAGCUAUGGGAUCUCGACACGAAGCAGAAGCUCAGGGUCAUCAAGGGCCACCGUGGCGAUGUCAUGGCCCUCCAGCUGUCCUGGGGCUACCUCCUGUCUGGAGCCACUACCGGGUCGGCAGCAAAACACAGCACUGUUCACUACAGCAAAGACCACUUCCCAUCCCCGGCCACCGAAAAAGUGAGCCAGAAAUACCGAUGCCUCAAGAGGUGGACCGCCCAUAACGGCAAGGUCCUUUCUUCGGCAUGUACCAACUACAACGGAGACCAACUGUACAUCACCGGCGCCAAUGACAACUCCGUCAGUGUUUGGCGCAUCGACGACGUGUGCGAGCAGCCCGAAGACGUAACCGGGAAGCCAGAGGACAUGAUGUUUGCCUCUCUGCGCGAAUUUGUGUCUUACAAGACCGUCUCCUCCCGGCCCGAAUUUGUCGAGGACUGCCGUAGAGGCGCCAGCUUCCUGUGUAAUCUUUUCAAGCGACUAGGCGCACGGGUGCAUAUGCUGUCCAGGGAUGACCAGAUACACAACCCCGUCGUCUGCGCCGUCUUUAGUGGGAAACGCGAGCCCGCAGAGAAUCGCAAGCGCAUCCUGUUUUAUGGCCACUACGACGUCGUGCCUGCUGAUCGUAAUGCCGAAAGCAAGUGGACAACGGACCCGUUCCAGGUAGAGGGCGUGAAUGGAUACUGGUACGGCCGCGGCGUGAGCGACAACAAGGGCCCCACCAUGGCCGCGCUAUUUGCUGUGACAGAUCUUCUCGAGGCCAAGCAGCUCGAGAACGACGUCAUCUUCCUCAUUGACGGCGAAGAAGAGUCGGGUAGUCGGGGGUUCCAGGAGGCGGUGGCUGAGAACAAAGAUGUCAUCGGACAGGUGGACUACAUCCUGCUGGCCAACAGCUACUGGCUCGACGAUGAGACACCGUGCUUGACCUAUGGUCUCCGAGGGGUCCUACACGCUACUGUCUGCGUCGACAGCAUUUAUCCUGAUCUGCACUCUGGCGUUGAUGGUAGCUACAUGGUCGACGAGCCCCUUUCCGACCUGACGCGGCUGCUGUCAACGCUUAAAGGUCCGAGGAACAAGAUCAUGGUGCCUCAUUUUUACGAUUCGAUCCUGCCGCUCACAGCGGCUGAGGAGGCACGCUAUGAAGACAUUACCAAGAUCCUGAGUCGCCGUAACCCUGAGGCUGGAACGAUGGACCAGCUCAAAGCCGGUCUCAUGGCGCGCUGGCGUGAGCCGAACUUGACCAUUCAUAGGUAUAAAGUUUCUGGACUGGACGGCAGCAUCGUCAGUGGUCACGCCAGUGCCACAAUCAGCUUCCGACUGGUACCUGGACAAGAAGUAGACGACAUAGUCGCGUCGCUGAAGGCCUUCCUGGCAGACCAGUUUGCGGAGCUCGAGAGCAGGAAUUCCCUGAGCAUCAAAAUCGACAACAAGGCUGAGCCGUGGCUAGGUGACCCGAGUAAUCAGAUUUUCCAGACCUUGGAGGAGGCCAUCAUCAAGGUCUGGGGGCUUAGGGGCUCGGUGGGAGACCAUGGGGUCGUAGAGGUGGUGGGCCAAGAAUCUGUGGAGUUCCAGCAAGCCCAAAAGGACGGCAACAUGAAUGACAGCAAUGGCGUUGGCGGCAAGGAUACCGGUGUGGCCAGCAAGGACGCCGAGAGCAACACAUCAGGCGUCGACAAAGCUGCUGGAGCCGAGCUCAUGUCUGAGCCCAGGAUGUACCCCCGCGAGUCAACGUCCACCUUCGGCCCGGUGCCCUCCUUUCGCUCUGCAGACGAUGACUCCGCGCCGCCCACGCCGUCCAUCCCCGAGUUCGUCGUGUCCACAAGCCACGAACCCGCCCCCGGACCCGACCCCACAAACCAAGCCGAAACCACCCGGCCGGACGACGCCCCGGCCGCCGUCGUCAGGGGCCGUAAGCCGCUGUACAUCCGGGAGGGCGGCUCCAUCCCCGCGAUCCGCUUCCUGGAGAAGGAGUUCGGCGCGCCGGCUGCGCACCUGCCGUGCGGCCAGGCGAGCGACGCGGCGCACCUCGAGAACGAGAGGAUCCGCCUGCUGAACCUGCUCAAGAGCCGUGAGAUCUUUGGGGAGGUGUUCCGGAGGCUGUGA